AUGACGACAUCGAAUUCCGAGCCCGAACCGUAUGAGCUCUUCAAGAAACGUGGAGUCUUAUGCAUGGAAGACGAAAACAUCGGGAAGUUGGUCCAAGAAGUGGAUGACCAAGGCCUCUCCACCAGCCUCGAAAGCUGGAAAUUUUUCAAAGACACGGUCCACGGAAACCCUACAAUACGACGGAUACUUGAAGGUUUUCUCGAACCGCCCAACCCGCACAGAUGUCACACUUUUGGCCCGGAACCCGGUCAGGUCUUCUGCUUCUGGCCACAACCGGAUCAAACGCAUCGCCUGGUCCUUUCAAUGUGGAGUGCGGGCACGAGGCUGGAAUUACAUGAGGGAUCACACAGAGGUCCGCUGAAAGCCGUUUUAGCUUCGAACGGGCUGUUCGAAGUUCCCAGUGCGUCCCUGGAGAAGCAUGGCAUUCGAGCUAUACCCUAUGAUAUGGAAAAGGGUGGCAUGUAA